UCAAAAGGUCAAAACAAAUUUUAGUCAUUUUUGUUGAUCGUGAAAAUCGGAGAAAAAAGUUCUUUAAUAUCGAAAAGUGUACUUUCUAUUGAACCUAUCCGUUCGUAACCUAAUAUGCAACCGACGAUACUCGUGAAAGAUGGCUCACCAAUUGCGAGAGGACAGUUUUUCAUCUUCCUAUCAGCAGAAGAAGCUGCGCUUCCGUGGUGACUUGGCACAGCAGUACGGUUUCUCUGGUAUGGAAGCAGCAACUUCGGCGGCUGGGAGUACCAAUAAUCCCGCUUCGGCUACGGGUAACCGAGUAGAGGACAUUUUCUUGGAUGAUGAUUUUCGUCGUAGCACGCUAGGAAGCUCACGGAAUGGAGAGAUUGGCAGUUUUUCUGUACCUGAUUCGAAAGAUCGGCGCAGCAAAAGUAGUUUGUAUGAUUUUAUAAGGAUUGAAUUGACUCGAGGGUACGUGUUGGAGCAUGACGAAGAGCGAUAUUCGGCACGCCGGGAAAAAAUUUACUCUUUUAUGAAAAUUCCACGGGAGUUGGAAAGCUUUAUGGCCUACGGAGUGCUACAAUGUGCGGACUCUUUCUUGUAUAUAUACACUUUCCUUCCGAUACGAUUUAUACUAGCUCUAUGGGCAUUAGUAACUCGUCCAGUCGCUCGAUGCUUAGGAAUGCGUCGGCCUAGUCAGCGUUUAUUGGCACCGGCCGAAAUAUGUGAUUUGCUGAAAGGCACCAUUUGGAUUAUUUGCAGCUGGGCGAUGUUUUAUGUCGACACGAAUAUGCUGUAUCAUCUGAUAAAAAGUCAGUCGAUUAUAAAGCUUUACAUAUUCUAUAAUAUGCUGGAGGUUGGAGAUAGGCUGCUUUCGGCGUUCGGUCAGGAUACUAUCGAUGCACUGUUCUGGACUGCAACCGAACCUAAGGAUAGUAAGAAACAGCACCUAGGAACUAUUCCGCACUUCUUGUUCGCGAUUAUUUAUGUAACUAUUCAUAGCGCUUUGGUAAUGUUCCAAGCAACUUCACUGAAUGUGGCUAUCAAUUCUAAUAACAAGGGACUGUUGACUAUAAUGAUGUCGAACAAUUUUGUCGAAUUGAAAGGAAGUGUAUUUAAAAAGUUUGAUAAGAACAAUCUUUUCCAGUUAAGCUGCAGUGAUGUGCGAGAGCGGUUUAAUCUUACGAUUCUGAUGCUUAUUGUUCUGAUACAGACGAUGAAGGAGUUCAGUUGGAAAUCGGAACAGUUUUUCGUGAUGAUGCCGGAUUGUAUGUACGUGAUGUUGACUGAGUUGCUAGUCGAUUGGAUUAAACAUGCUUUCAUUACAAGAUUUAACGAAAUUCCGGUCGACGUAUAUCGGGAAUAUACUACAAGCUUAGCAUACGACAUGACACAAACCCGACAGAAACAUGCGUUUUCUGAUCAUUCUGAUCUCGUAGCCAGACGAAUGGGUUUUAUCCCGUUUCCUUUGGGUGUGGUAUUGGUAAAAGCACUUUACCAUGCCGUUUCGUUCGAGAACGCCGCUUCCAUUGCGCUAUUCAUAAUUGCCUACAUUGUACUGCUGUCCUGUCGCGUUUUGAAUACAAUUUGUACACUUGGAAAAGCUUGCGAUCUCAUGCAAAAGCAUCAGGACGAAAAGAAUCAGUACAACCUACAGAAUAGCGGUCCAGCCACCUCUACGCCGAUUCAGCACAGUCGUAGCGGUGGUAAGAACACCAUCGACAUUGCCACUUCACCAAUACACCACCCAAACAAUGCACUUCAACGAUCACAAACCGUAGAUUCGGUAUCGCAUACCGUUCCCACGGUUAAAAUCAGUGAUCAGAUGAAGGAUAGCAUCAUACGGGAAACUUCGACGCUAGGAGCAACGGCAUUAUUUUCGAACAGUGACGUCGAUCUGGAUGACGUAAAACUGAACGAUAAAGUUCUCAACAAAGCCGCCGGCGAUGGUGAAGAACAGGGCCGUAAGGAGGACGAUGUUAUGGCACGAAGUGUUCCCGAUUUACAACAAGAAUCUUCGGUGACUGGGGCUACCGAUGUUUCCUCCGGGGAAGGUGAUAGUUUCGCGUCAUACCAGGGAAUGCAUCAUCGAACUCACAAGCGAUCCGAAUCGGAACCGUCGAUUCAACUAGACUCGGAACGCGUGGGCACUUGAUUGGUGUAGUGUAUCUGCGCUAGUGUAAAUGUGAAGCACCAAAGUCUGCGGCAUACCGAAGGGAAGCACAAAACAACAGGAUGAUUCGGCACCGUUUUCUAUGACACAUUUAAAUGUAUAAUCGUGCUGUUUUAGUUUUGUACUGACAGAAACAGUUGUUAGAUUUUCGAUUAGGCUAACGAUCUGACUUUGUUUUGUUAUUGCCAAAUUGUAUUUGUACAUAAUAAAUUAUAAAUAUGCAAAGUGGUUAAAAA